CAAACAGUCAGCUUGACACAUGAGUGCUCAGCCUACCACGCACACAAACACACACAUACAAAAAUACACGAACAAAAUUAUAGAUAAGCACACAAUUACGGACACAUGUUCAUACCCCGAGCCUGAAAUCACUUUGGAAAUCACCUGGCGAGUCUACAGAGGGCAUAAAGAAAGGGGUCCAGACUGUGUGAGGGUUAACGCAGAUUCCCAAGGGCCUGAGGUGAGGAGGCAGGUUGGUCGGCUAGUCUGUUAGACUCAGACCCACUGGUCGCACAGCGCUCCACUCAUCGCCAGCAGGUGAAGGACUCAUUCACAGAGAUUCUCCCGCUCACUGGAUUUGUAGUUUCUUCUGUGUGAUCUGUGUGACUUUUGACUACAGGUGAGGAAGUACUGAAACUGUCCAACAAACACCAUGGACCAGGAGGAUGACAAAAACUCAGUGGAUAUCCAUGACAACCCUCCGGCGCCUGAGAAUGUAGUGAGAGAGGACGGAGAUACAGUCUAUUUUAUAUAUGAGGAGGAGGUGGAGGUGGAGGAGAAGGAACCGGAACCUCCUCCCGAGCCAGUCAUCCGGAUCAAUGACAAACCCCACAAGUUCAAGGACCACUACUGCAAGAAACCCAAGUUCUGUGACGUCUGUGCUCGCAUGAUAGUCUUGAACAACAAGUUUGCUCUGAGGUGUAAAAACUGCAAGACCAACAUCCACCAUUCAUGUCAGUCAUAUGUCGAGUUCCAGAGAUGCUUUGGCAAAAUUCCACCUGGCUUCAGAAGGGCCUACAGCUCCCCCCUGUACAGCAGUGACCAACCAGAUCCAAACAACCCAAACCGGAAUGACCCAGUCUUUGACACCCUGCGGGUCGGUGUCAUCAUGGCAAAUAAGGAGCGAAAAAAGAAUGAAAAUGACAAGAAAAAUAUGAUGAUGAUGAUGGAGGAGGAGGAAGAGGAGAACCAACAGCCCAAAGAGAAUGAGGAGGGAGGAGAAGGGAAGCCUGAUGAGAAGAAGGAGAAAGGAGGAGAUAAAGCAGAUGACAAGAGUAAGGGUACAUUCUCCCAAACCCACUAUUACCUGGCUCUCUAUCGCUUCAAGGCCAUUGAGAAAGAUGACCUCGACUUCCACCCUGGUGAUCGGAUCACAGUCCUGGAUGACUCCAAUGAGGAGUGGUGGAGGGGAAAGAUGGGAGAAAAGACGGGCUACUUCCCCACCAACUACCUCAUAAAAGUGCGUGCUGCAGAAAGAGUUUACAAGGUGACACGCUCCUUUGUAGGGAACAGAGAGAUGGGACAGAUCACACUGAAGAAAGAUCAGAUUGUGGUGAAGAAAGGAGAUGAGAAAGGCGGCUACUUGAAGGUCAGCACUGGACGCAAGCUGGGCUACUUCCCUGCUGACUUGCUGCAGGAGAUCACUGUGACAUAAAAACCAUGAUAUGCAGGGAAAUAACCAUCAACACACUUUAAAUAUCAGCACAAACCAAAGAAGAUUUUCUUACCUAAAAAUAUCUAAAUUUGCUUUUUGUGUCUGUCACUGCAGAAUUGUACCUGCUGUGAUCUAAUUGUGCCUUUGACACGAAGUGAAGCAUUUGAUAUUUUCAAAGUUGUUUGACUUUGUUGUGGAUUGCAUAGGAAAAAAGUCAGAUGCUUAAAGUUAGUUCCUGCUGACUACACAGUAGCUAGAGCUGAAGACAAGUAGAGGAAACCUGCAGAGCCUUGCAGAAAUUCAUAAUGCAAUUCAUUAACUGAGAUGAAGGUAAAUAAUUAAUAAAGGAUUAAUAUGAGAUUUAACAAAUGCAGUCAUGUAUUUCUAAUUUCAUUUGACAUUAUUGUUAAAUGGACAAAGAGAACUCCUGCUACAUCUCACAACAAAACCUCUAAGUGACAGAUAAAAGAAUCCACAUUUAAAUUUGUUUUUUUUAGGCUAUAUUGUUAAAAACAUAAACGUAGCCAUUUAUUCAUUUCAGAUUAUUGUGAAUGUCAAUUUACAUUCAUUAAUUCAUUCAUUAUUUAUACUGGGAUGUCAAUUUACAUUUCACAGCUCAUUCAGGCAUGAUAAUGAUCUGUUUUAAAUGUAAGUAUUUUAAAUAUGAUUAUCAUUGUCUGACAAAAUAUCUAAUGAUUUACUGUUAUCAUUUGCAAGGCUCUCUGGGUAAUUUAUAAUUGCAUAAAUAGAGGCUCCAAAGCCAUUUCAACAUGUACAUAGCUUUGAAGAGUAAAAACUGCAAAGACGAUGUUGGAUUUGUAUGUGAUUUCAUGUGAGCCAAAUAAACUGCAGAAAAUCUGUAAGUGUAAAAAAGCAACACUGCUUAAUAUGGUUCCAAAUGUUUGCACUAAUUACUGCUGAUGAAAUUAGCUGAAUGCUUUAAGUAUAAAUGUUAAAAUGUUUCAAAUAUUAAAACUGAAGUGCAAUUAAAAACUGCCUGUCAAACUUGA